GCUCUGCAGGCUCAGCGGAGACGGAUCAGAGGCAGCACGGCACUAUAAAACCCCACGGCUCCUGAAGGCAGCGCAGCACUCACCUGGCUGGCUGGGAGAAAGGAAGAGGAGAAGAUCCUGAGGAAGAGGAGUGUUUUCAGAGGAAGGGUGGAUUGAUGGAUCGCAGGAUGUGGAUCUAUCGCAGCUUCCUGUGUGCUUCGCUGGUCUGUGGUUUGGCGCUGGACUCCAACACCAUCCGGUCGUCCAAAGAGGCGGCGCUGCAGAACGGCGAGCAGCCGAGGGGAGGCUGCAGUAACAGAGCUCAGAGGAGACACUCCAACACCGACCGACAGCUGGACCGACACCAAGUCAAAGACAGAAUCACAGACAGCUUCAACAGAACCAAAGAGAUAUCGAUCUGCGUCCGAUCCGGGGACUGUGCCGCCGGCCUCUGCUGCGUCCGGUACCUAACCUGGAAGCGGUGCCAGAAGAUCCCGCUGGAGGGCGAGGCCUGCCAGCUGUGGGGCGCCACCAAGCGCCACCGCAACCUGGGCCGCUGCAACUGCGCCGCCGGGCUGGCGUGCGCCGCGGCAGGCGGCGCAGAUCAGGCCAGCAGCAAGCGGCAGGGAGUCUGCAUGGUCCGGUCCGGACCAGCCCAGAGGAAGACCAGGCACUCCGGCCGGAAGAAGAAGAGGACGGCGGAGCGAAGCUGCUGAAGGAACUGAGCCAGGGAUGGGGUCCAAACUGGCCUGGGGGCCGUGACCGGGCCCUCCAUUCAACCUU